AUGGGCUUGAUAAAGCACGUCGUGUGCGCCAUGUCCGGCGGCGUUGACAGCUCUGUCGCAGCGUUACUGCUGAAGAAAAGAGGAUACAACGUGACAGGAGUUUUCAUGAAGAACUGGGACUCUCUGGAUGAGAAGGGGGUCUGCACCACGGAGAGGGACUGUGAGGACGCAUACAGAGUGUGUCAGAGCCUGGACAUCCCCUUUCAUCAAGUUUCCUAUGUCAAAGAGUACUGGCAUGAAGUUUUCAGUAAUCUGUUGAAGGAGUAUGAGAAGGGAAGAACGCCAAACCCGGACAUACUGUGCAACAAACACAUCAAAUUUAACCACUUCCACAAGUAUGCCAUCAACACCCUGGGUGCUGAUGCCAUGGCAACAGGCCACUAUGCCAGGACAUCACAGGAAGAUGAUGAGAUUUUCGCACAAGCCCGCACAGCUCCACCUACCACACUCUUCAGAGAUCGAUUUGAGAUCCGAAAUCCUGUGAAGCUGCACAAAGCUGCCGAUCUCCUCAAGGACCAGACCUUCUUCCUCAGUCAGAUCCCACAACAAGCCUUACGUCAAACAAUGUUCCCGCUCGCUGGGCUCACCAAAGAAUUUGUGAAAAAGAUCGCUGCUGAAGCCGGGUUUCGCCAUGUGCUGAAGAAGAAAGAGAGCAUGGGGAUCUGCUUCAUCGGGGAGAGAAACUUUGAAAAAUUUAUCUUAGAGUAUCUGGAACCUAAACCGGGGAACUUUGUCUCCAUCGAGGACGGGACUGUAGUGGGAACCCACAAAGGUUGGUUCACACUGACACUGGGCCAAAGGGCAAGGAUAGGCGGGCAGAGAGACGCCUUGUUUGUGGUGGACAAAGACAUCGUUACAGGGGAUGUUUUUGUGGCUCCAACAACCAAUCACCCGGCUCUUUUCCGCGACACCAUUCGAACGGAGCGUUUCCAUUGGGUAACAGGUGACCCGCCUCCUGAACUAGCCAGGACCCAGAUGAUGGAGUGUCACUUUCGCUUCAUCCACCAGAUGCCGCUCACUCCCUGCACAGUAACUCUGAACAUGGACGGUUCUGUAUGGAUUUUGCUCUCUCAGCCAGUCAGAGCUCUGACACCUGGACAGUGUGCUGUGCUCUACAAAGGGGACGAGUGCUUGGGCGGUGGGAAGAUCACCCAGCUUGGGCCAAGCGAAUUCACACUCCAGAAGGGCCGAGAACGGAUGGUAGCAGCCUUGCAGCACAAAGAGCACUCGACCCCUGAGCCAGACAGCUGAGAGGACCUCGCAGUCUGGCUGUGGAAGAAAUGCUCUCUUUGCAGGACCUUAGGUAGAGCACCCUGUUUAGGAAAAGAAGCCAUCUCUCAGACAGGCCUUAGUGACAAAGUGCAGGUGCUUCGGGAGGCUGCAGAGGCUUGAUUGGCUUUUUAAAGGCUCCAUAACACAGCAGUACUUUUGACACAAAAAGUAGAUUUCUGCUGUUUUUGGCUUUAAAUAAUCUUUGCAUCCAAGCGAUGGUGUUUUGGAGCAGAGACUCGAUGGUUUACUUAGUAAAAGUAACCAAACACUGAAAAUAAAUCCAGCUUCACUGCAAGGACAGAGAGGCACUCAUGAAAUAUGAUUAUUUAAUUGAUAAUCAUGCACAUGAUUUGGUGGUUUGUUUUUUUUUAAUGAUCAUUUUCAUGUAAGAAAUGUGAAAGCAGAAACCAAAAUCAAGCUCAUGUUGAUAAGUAGUUCUUUAUAACUACGGUACUUAUCUCUGACUUAUCUAACUGCUUCCUCUGACUGUAAUUACUGGGAGACCUGAGGAGGAGAGAUGCGUGAAGUUCAGGUGGGACGUCGGUCAGAAUGGUCACGUCAGACUCAUUAUUAGAUCAGAGUAACUCUUAACCUGUUCUGAUUUUUUACUGUAAUAAGAUUCAAACCUGCAAUUUGUAAUAAAACUUUCAAUGUGACUUUCUCCCUCCUUUGAACUUCUAAAGGUCCUGAAAAUUAUUUUUGUAUGUGGUAAAACUUCUAAGAUCCAGGUUUAUUCAGUCCUGGAUUUGAUGCUAGAUAAAUUAUGACCUAAAACACACACACUAAGUUGAAAAUAGAAAAGGUGGAUAUGAGGGGGGAAGUUUUAGCUGUCAGUGACAUUUUGAAGUUAUUUAAAAUUAAUGUGCCGUUUAUUUCAGUCGUACAUUAAAAGAAAGAUGUUACUGCUCCUCUGUAUUAUAAUGUACUGCAUUUGAAAUGCCAGGUUAAUGAGGAAGGGGUCGGUGCCUUUUAGUGGGUCUGGGAGAAGAAACUACAAACUGUACAUGUGAAAAUUUUAAUAAAUACAGUGAGUGAUGUGUGUCUGUA